CUUUUGUUUUUUACUCUUGUAUUGCUUAGCUUCUUUCUAUUUCUCUCUCUCUUUCCAGUUGAAUUAAAUUGAAUUGAAGUGAAUGGGUCCAUGUCCAAGUCCAUCCAUAUAAUUCACUUCCGUCCACUUCUGCAAGAGGAGCUCUUUUUUGGCCUCUGUUGACAGACUCUUCCUUUCUUUUAAUGGCUUCUCUGAAACGGGUUGCUUUUAUUUUUGAAAAAGAAAAAAAGAAAUCCAUUAGUGUGUGUGCUUUAAAAUAUUGUGGAAAGAAAUGAUGAAUCUUAUUGGGGUCUGAGACUGUGAAACUCAUCAGUUUCUUGGUUUUUGGUAUCCUGGGGAAAAUCCCACUUCUCUGUUCAUGCAAACAUAUUAACCCCACUUUUAUUUUUCCUGUGGCCGUAGCUUUUCCUUCUUGUUCUUUUUUGUUAAAGAAGAAAGCAUGCUGUGUUUUUUAGAGACUAAUCGUUGGACUGUUUUGAGAAAGCCGUCAGGUAGCGUAGGAAUGCGAGGUGAUGAGGAGAAGAAUGGUGAUUUUUUCUAUGAAAACUGAAGUCGGCAUUGAGCAUUAGAUGGAGAAAAACAUAUUGAAUGUUAGGGUUGAUGGAAUGGAAUUACAAGGAGAUUCAAAUCUUUUGCCCACAAUUUUUGAUUCGCAACAACUUACUUCACUUUCCAAUAUUCAACAAAAUUCUCAUCAACUACCACCUUCAUUAUAUACCAUCUUAGCUUCUAAUCAACUCCUUAGUGAUUUCAACACUAAGUUUGCUGCUCCUUCUCCAGCUUUUCAACUUAAUCCGGCCAUGCCAUAUCUGUCUCCAACUCCCUUUUCUUCAUAUACUAAUGAACUAUCCUUAAGUCUUGCAACAUCCCACCCUGCUGUUAUCUCAGAUCAUUCUUCUGCUGCAGCUACUUCUUGGAAUUCUUGUAACAGCAAUGAGAUUUCUGUACCGCAAUUCUCACAAGUAAUAUUGGGAUCAACAUAUCUUCAAGCGAUUCAGGAAAUACUUGCCCAAAUUGCUACAUACUCCUUAGAAAACUCACAUGAGCCAAGUUGCUUAAUUGACCGGAUUGGGAUUAAUCCAUUUUCUUCAGAGAGAGGAAUGCCUUGGAGGGACAUUGAAACAAGGCCAGUUCAAACCAAGAAAACUCAGCUGUUGACUCUACUCCAAGUGGUCGAGGAUCAAUACAACCAGUGCUUGGGUGAGAUCCACACAGUUGUAUCUGCAUUCCAUGCUGCUACAGAGUUGGAUCCUCAAUUGCAUGCACGUUUUGCUCUGCAAACAAUCUCUUUGUUGUAUAAAAACCUAAGAGACAGGAUCAUCAGCCAAAUUCUUGAACUGGGUAGUGAUCCAUGGAAGCCAGAGAAAGAAGGAAUCUUGGAUAAUUGUUUCAUUCAGGAGCAGCUAAAGAGAAAAAAGCAUCAUCAAUUAUGGAGACCUCAGAGAGGGUUGCCAGAAAAAUCAGUAUCUGUUUUACGGGCAUGGAUGUUUCACAACUUUCUUCACCCAUAUCCCAAAGAUGCGGAGAAGCACCUACUGGCCGUAAAGAGCGGAUUGACAAGAAGCCAGGUAUCUAAUUGGUUUAUAAAUGCCCGUGUUCGGCUAUGGAAACCGAUGAUAGAGGAAAUGUAUGCAGAGAUGAACAGAAGAAAGGGUGGGAGAAAUGAAGAAGGGGACCAUCGGUGAAAAGAUUCAAUGGUUAAGAAAGCAUCUGUUCAUCUUUCAAUAGGAAAGGUAGACAUAGCCAACAAGUGUAUAUAUAAACCUGCAUUACUAAUUAUUUGGAAAUCCUAGAAGAUGAAGGAAUUAUUUCGUGACUUACAUGAGGAUAUAUUGUUCAACCAAAAUCUUUCCUCAAUAGGGGUCUCAAACCUUUCCCUAUUCUUGUUGGUUAUUCCUUCAAGAUGGGAAUACUGUUUUAGAAAAGUUGGUGCUGCUCGAUAUAUGACAUAUGAUUUUAGUUUUUGUUUUUGAAA